AUGCUCACACAAACCAUGGAUCACUUCCACCAACACAUCGCCGAAAACCUACGUGAGGGAAUCAAUGGCGAUGGUGAGAAGGUCCCCUACGUUAUACCAUCCGCUUUGGACAACUACUGGACAGAACGACGUGUCGAUAUCAUCUUGAACUCUCAACAGCCUCCAGUCGCAUCAAGUCCAGAUAUGAUCAUCAGCGACUUUCCUCGUGUAUUCUCCAUUCUGACUCACAUUGGCCGGUCGCAAGAAAUUGAGUGGUUGUGUUCUCAUGUGAAGGGUCUUGAUGACAGCCGAUUACCCUUCGAUGAGACUUGUUUCCCCCCGACUUGCCAAUGGGCCAGCGACUUCCUACGAGAGCAGUGGAUGUUCAUACCUCUGUUCUUUCCACCAGACAAGAUUUUCAGUCGUGUCGUGCAUCCCAAGACCAUUUUGCCUGUCACUUAUAAGAGGCAACUCACCCAGAGACGCGGCGGACGCGAUACAGCCACGCUAUGGGAGGUGCAGGUACACUCUGGAGGAAGCCUAACGGCACUAGAAGACCAGCCAGUUGUGUUCAAGGUCUACGAGGGUGCUGGGACAGAAGACCUCUAUAAAGCCGAGACAGAUGUUUACCUGAAGCUCCGCAGAAAGAACAACAAGUAUAUCACUAAGCACCUUGCUUCCUUCUCAUUCCAGGGAAAGAGGAAGUACAUCAUAGUUCUUGAGUAUGCAGCCGGAGGAUCCCUCAAGGACUUCUUCCAAAACACACUUCCACCUGUCAGCCCGAACGAGUUCCGAUUAUUGUGGAGUAGGCUGCUCCAUCUUCUGGAUGCUCUAAAUGUUCUACACGAUCUCUACCGACCGGAUGGGGCUCCAGUCUGGUUCCUUGCAGGGGUCCACCAAGACAUUCAGCCAGCAAACAUCCUGGUUUUCCCCGAAAAGGACAAGGACUCCCGCUUUGACGUGAAGUUUAAACUUACAGACUUUGGAUUGGCGGAGAUCGGGAGAGUUUCAGCUUCGGGAGGAAAAUUGGCAACAGAGAAUAGGGGCAACCGGAUGUACAUUUCUCCAGAGAGCUUCGCAAACUUUUCGGUUCAAAACACUGUCCGAACUGAUCUCCCACCAACGGCAGACAUAUGGGCACUGGGCGCUGUGUUCAGCGACGUUCUCGUUUGGUCGAUUUGCGGUGAGCCAGGUCGUGAAGAGUACCGCCGCCGAAGGCGAGCAGAGAUUUCUUCUCAGCGUCACAUGAAGGAACGUGAUCAUGACGCCUGUUUCCAUGAUGGAGUGGACCGUCUUGCCGCUGUUGAGGAGUCUCAUAAAUUAGCGCUUCAGGACAAAAGAGGCAGUGACAGAAUCUCGCCUUAUAUGAGCAAAGUCAUACUGGAUUACAUGCUCACUGGCGUAGACGAGAGGUUGACCGCGAUGAACAUUAGGAUCCGAGCAGAGAGAGAGAUCAAGAACAUGAAAGAAGAUUCACUCGACAACGACCAGGCGGUUUCGAGUGGCAAGCCUCCGCAGGCACGCCAUACAUCUCCGAGUAGGCGGCAAACUGUGCCUAAUCCAUCUCUACCACGCGUUUCCCGGGUUAGCAACCUUGGGCUGCCAAUUCAACAACAGGCCAAUCACUUCUGUGCUUCCCCCAGGACUUCCCUCGAUCAGUCUACCGCGGGACCUUCGUCACCAGCGCCAUCCGUUACUCAAUUUACGUCUCCACCAAUGGCCAACGGUCAUGUUCAGAUGAAGACACCAAACCCUCCGCAGGCAGUUGUUAAGGUUACUGUGGAUGAGGUGUAUCGAAUGAUGGAGAAGACCAACAUCUCCUCCUUCCCCACUUCAAUCGGCAUGAGACCAGAUAAGGCCAAAGAGAUAAUGAAGCUCCCCGGUAUGGAAGAGGCUCGGAUCAAGAUCGCGAUGGCGAGAGGCAGGGACCAGAUCAUGCUCAUUGAUAACUUCAGAUCGAUGGGGCAGCAUAAGCCAAAGGUGGUUAAGACGGCGAGGGUCAUCAGUUACGUUGCCAAGGCUGUUGACGAGGACGGCAUGGAGCUCUACGCCGCAUCAGAAAUCGCCAAGAAGCCACGGAUAUGCAAAACUAGUUCGCAGAUCGAGAAAGCCAUCAACAAAAUGCCGACCGUCGAUGGGACCUGUAACAUGAGGGGCUGUCUGGACACAAUACUCGACCGGGUGCUUGUUGGAAGAAAGGUCAAACCCACAAGCAUCUAUAUCUAUACUGAUGGGGUCUGGGAACCUGGUGCCGAUCAGGUCAAGUUUUCUAUCAAGCGGGCUAUCGACUACCUCAUCAAGUGCAAGCAACCGUCUUCGACGCUGAUGUUUCAGUUCGUCCAAUUCGGUAGUGAUACCGAGGGGACUGGCCGGCUGAAGUUUCUGGAUAAUAAGUGUGUAAGAGAGGUAGAGACAGAGAGCUACGAUAUUGUCGACACCAAGCACUGUGACGAUCAUGUUCCAAAUAUUGUUAUUGGAAGCUUCUCGAGAUAUGCCGACGAGGUGGGGUCUAGCGAGGAAGUAUCAAAGCCAGCGAUCACAGAAGAUAAAGAUGUACUCAUCAAAGUCCAUGCAGCGAGCAUCAAUCCAGUCGAUGUCAAGAAGGCUGCUGGCGUGUUCAAGAUGGCGAUAAAGGAAGAAUUCCCAUAUAAACUUGGAUAUGACGCGGCUGGUGUCGUCGUGGAAGUCGGGAAAGGUGUGACAAGACUGAAAGUUGGCGACGAAGUCUAUACAAGGUUGCCAGAAGCUGGGAGAGGUGCCUGGAGUGAAUUUGCAAAGUGCCCAGAUCACUAUGUAUCUUUGAAGCCUAAGAGUCUCUCCUUUGCCGAUGCCGCAUCUCUGCCACUAGCUGGAGUCACGGCACUGCAGGUUCUCGGGCAGUACAAGGGCUCGCUGGAGGACAAGACAGUCUUUAUCCCUGCGGGCUUGAGCGGGACAGGAGCCAUCGCAUGCCAAUUAGCCAAGAACGUCUUUCACGCCGGCAAAGUCAUCACCACAGUCUCGACCUCCAAAAUUCCCAAAGUUGCACAGCUUCUUGGCGAAGGCACGGUAGAUCAGAUCAUCGAUUACACCAAGCAAAAGGUAUCGGAUGCCAUUCCUGCAAAGUCCGUUGACUUUUGCUUCGAUACUACCGGGCAAGCCAUGGAGUUUCUCUCACUCAUGGUUCCAUCAACCGGCAUGAUUGUUUCAAUUUCUACGGCUCCAUCUGCUUCAACUCUCCAGGCUUCAAGCGUAAUGCGACAACCGGAUAACCCUCGAAUUCCAUUUGCUGGGCGCGUAUUCCUUGAUGCAGCGGAUGCGAUACGCAGACUCCGGGCAUGGCGAUGGGGCGUCACAUAUAUGUAUCACUUCCUGGAUCCGAACCGAGAGGAUCUGGAUAAGCUUACAGGCUAUGUGGAAAGUGGAAAGGUGAAGCCGGUAGUUGGGGCCAAGAUAGAUAUGAGAGAUAUUAAGGCAGUUCGCGAAGCUUGCGAUCAGACUUAUAAAGGAAAAGGGGGGUUGGGAAAGACUGUUUUUGAAGUGAUCAGGGAUUAA